CGCUACGCCCCAGUCGCCGUCCAGCCACCCGCGCAUCCGCUCCGCGCCACCCCUCUCGUUCUGCCCUGCACUCCACGCCCGCCUCUCGCAGCCCGCCCUCGCCCUUGUCCUCGCUCUCGCCCGCGCCCUCGCCCUCGCCCUGGCCUGCCUCGCCCAUGCCCGCCGCCGCCCGUCGCACCGCACCCGAGCACCCGAGCAUGCGCACGUAGCGCGUAGUGGGCGACCCGCCGCGCGCAUUCCAGCACCAUGACUGCCCGUGGCAUCGGCGUCUUCACCAUCCAGUUCCCCGACCCCACCAAGAUCGACUACGUCAACAACCAGUUCAACACCCUCAACGAGACCAUCUCCUUCCAGUACCGCGGCCUCACCAACAUCCAGACCCUGUCCACCAAGGGCGCCGACUCGGGCGCCGACCCCUACGGCAUUCUGUACGUGCCGGACGUCUUCACCGAGGCCUGCAAGAGGAACGAGUCGCAGCAUGUGCCCGCCAACGCCACCCGCAUCGCCAACCUGCCCUCCGACCGCAACUAUGCCCUGAUCGCCUUCGCCCCCUGGUACUCGGCCCAGUGCACCAUCGAGUACUUCACCUCGGCCCGCCAGCACCCCACCACCAAGGGCUUUCUCACCUUCCUGCCGGGCAACACCAAUGCACAGCCGCCCGUGCUGAACAACCCCGCCUGGGACCUGCAGGAUGGCGGCAUGUGGCAGCAGGACAACACCUUCCCCACCUACGCCCUGUCCUCCAUCAGCGGCAACAACGUAAUGGACCAGCUGGACCUGUACUCGGGCAACAUCUCCACCGUCCCCCACGGCGACCAGCUUGCCCGCAUCUUCGACGACUCGUCGUACGUCCGCCUGUGGGCCACCGUCAGCACCGACUCCGGCGGCACCCUGCCCAGCCUGUGGGUCUUCCUGGUCAUCGUCCUGGCCAUCCUCAUCGCUGCCAUCGGCACCACUUCGCUGUGUAUGCACAUCAUCCAGCGCCGCCGCCGCAAUGCCCUCCGUCAGCGCGUCAUAAACGGUGAGGUCGACCUCGAAGCCCUCGGCGUCAAACGUCUCACCGUCUCGCAACACAUUCUCGACAAGAUGCCCAUCGUGACCUACACCGCUGGCCCUUCCGACGUUGAAAAGCCGCCCGAAGCACUUGCCACCCUUGAUGCAGACACCGGUUCGAAGCCCCCUCUGGCUCAGCCCCUCUCCGCGCCCACCGCCUCCACAAUCAACAGCGUCUCCUUCUCGCAGCCCACAUGUCCCAUCUGCAUCGAUGACUUUGAGUCCAAUGAGACCCAGGUCCGCGAGCUGCCCUGCCGCCACAUCUUCCACCCAGACUGCAUCGACACCUUUCUGCUGCGCAACUCGUCCCUGUGCCCCAUGUGCAAGCAGAGCGUCCUCCCGACCGGCAUAUGCCCCGUCACCAUCACAAAUAUGAUGGUCCGCCGCGAGCGCCACAUCACCCGCAUGCGCGCCAACGGUGGCGUCGCCCCGCCCGUCGCAGUCACCAUGACCGACCACGCCCGCGUCGCCUUCAGCUCUCUCGGCCGUGCCGUUGCCAGUCGGAGGCUUUUCAGCGCGCGCGCGCCGGCGGAUAUCGAGAUGGCGCCGAACACAGCUGCAAAUCCAGCUACAUCGAUACCCACAAAUCCAGCUACAAACCACCCCACACAUCAAACCACAACUACAAAUCCAACCACUGCCUCAUAUCCCAUCUCGGUCCCAGUUUCAAAUCCACCCACAGCGACAAUUCCAACUUCAACCCUUCCGCACCAGGCAUCUCCCCUCCCCGCCACCGCAGUCCCACUCGCAUGCGACCCUCCUCCACCAACACCCACCCAAAACCGCAGGGAAUGGGCCCGCCAGCGCGCCCUCCAUCUCCUCGGAACCCGCCCCGCGCCACUCGAUUCCGACACCUUCGAGUCAGAGGAGCAGGCCCAACGUGGGACUGGAUGGAGGAAAAUAUGGCGGAGAGUCUUUCCAUCCUAGCGUACAUAGGCAGUCAUGUCAGUGUAUAUAACCUU